ACGCUACGUGUCCUACUGUAUCGAGUCUGCGUGACAUUUUGUGUGUCCAGCACAAUUUUGAGAUUGUGUGUGAAGCCGCUGUACAUGCUGCUACAUUUUUGAAAAACAAAUUGCAAGUAUUGUUUAAGACUGAAAGAAGAAGUAUUUCCGAGCACUUUUAACACCAUGUCGAUCGGAGUUCCCAUCAAAGUGCUUCACGAAGCCGAGGGUCACAUCAUAACCUGUGAGACGAAUACCGGCGAGGUGUAUCGCGGCAAGCUGAUAGAAGCGGAGGAUAACAUGAAUUGUCAGAUGCAGAAUAUCACAGUAACGUACCGAGACGGUCAUGUCGGGCAACUCGAAAACGUGUACAUCCGCGGAUCGAAAAUAAGAUUCCUCAUAUUACCUGAUAUGCUGAAGAACGCUCCUAUGUUUAAACGACCUGGCGGCAAGGGAUCAGGCACCGCUGGCAGAGGAAAGUCAGCUAUAUUGCGCGCUCAAGCUCGCGGUAGAGGAAGAGGACAAAAUCAGAGAGGAAAAGGCACUGGCUCGGCACCCUGGCUUAAUCAACAGAAUCAGCCAGGUGGAUCCCAGUCUGGCAGAGGCAGGGGUUAAAUUUUACUUCUAAUGCUCUAAAUAAGAUCUAUUUCCGUAAUUAAAACAAAGUGAUUUUAUUCUUACAUUUGGUAGUACGUACAAACAGUACAAAUAACACAUAAACUGUCCACAAAAUUAUACAUUGAUACACGAUUGCAAGUAAAUUAAUUAUUGAUAUCAUUG